AUGUGGCUGUCGUUGCUGCGAUAUGCCAUCCUUGCCUGGCUGCUGCAGCUACUGCCGCCGACGCCACUGCUCGGCACCACCGCCCUCGCCGUCUCGCCCCCGGUCUCUCCCGCCCCUGCCCAUGAGAACCGGGGUAACAGAGAUGCGCCCCGCUGGGCCGACGCCUACAGCAAGGCGCGCCGGCUCGUGGGCCAGAUGACGGUCGAGGAAAAGGCAAACGUGACGAGGGGCUUUGCCCGCAGCGACAACGUCUGCGCCGGCAACUCGGGCUCCGUGCCCCGCCUGCGCUGGCCCGGCAUGUGCCUCCACGAUGCCGCCAACGGCGUCCGCGCCACCGACAUGGUCAGCGCCUAUCCCGCCGGCCUGCACGUCGGCGCCGCCUGGGACCGGGCCAUGGCCCACCGCCAGGCCGUCUUCAUGGCCGGCGAGUUCAAGGCCAAGGGAGUCAACGUCGUCCUCGGCCCCAAUGCCGGCCCCCUCGGCAGGACGCCCCUCGGCGGCAGGAACUGGGAGGGCUUCUCCGUCGAUCCCUAUCUCUCUGGCCAGCUCAACGCCGAGACAGUGUCGGGAUACCAAGCCGCCGGUGUCAUAGCCAGCAUCAAGCACUUGGUCGGCAACGAGCAGGAGACGUAUCGCCGCCCCUACUUUGGCGUCGAGGCGGCCUCGUCCAACAUCGACGACAAGACGCUCCACGAGUACUAUCUCUGGCCCUUCAUGGACGGCCUGCGCGCCGGCGCCGCCUCCGUCAUGUGCUCCUACAACCGCGUCAACAACACGUACGGCUGCGCAAACGACAAGCUCCUCAACGGUAUCCUCAAGACGGAGCUCGGUUUCGCGGGCUUCGUUCUGCUCGACUGGAACGCCCAGCACGGCCUCGACAGCGCCAACGCCGGCCUCGACAUGGUCAUGCCCCUCGGCGGCGCCUGGGGUGAAAACCUGACCGACGCCGUUCGCAGCGGCUCCGUCAGCGAAUCGAGGCUGACUGACAUGGCCACCAGGAUUCUUGCUGCGUGGUAUCUCGUCGGCCAAGACAAAGCCGACUUUCCCGUUCCUGGUAUCGGCAUGAAAAACCUCAGCGAGCCGCACAAAGCCAUCGACGCCCGCGUACCCGAAUCCAAGCCAGUGCUCCUCGAUGGGGCCAUCUCGGGACACGUCCUCGUCAAGAACAAGGGCAACAGCGCGUUGCCCCUAAAAGCCAAGCCAGCCAUGUUGUCCGUGUUUGGCUACGACGCCGCCGCGCCCCCGGCCAAGAACAUUGACAACGCCUUUCGACUGGGAUACACGUCGUCGCGUGGCAUUGCCCAAGCCGUCCUCGGCACCGAGCAGCACUUUGACCAGGCUGCCAGGGGAGGGACCAUCAUUGUAGGCGGACGGGCGGGCGCCAAUGCACCGCCCUACAUCAGCGAUCCUCUGAGUGCCAUCCAACAACGGGCAGAGGCCGAUAACACGUGGGUCAACUGGGACACCGCGUCGCUGGAGCCAGACGUCAACGGAGCCAACGAGGCCUGCCUCGUCUUCAUCAAUGCCAUGGCCACCGAGGGCUGGGACCGUGACGGACUGCACGACGACGCCAGUGACGGACUCGUCCGCCAUGUCGCUUCCCGCUGCGCCAACACCAUUGUCAUCGUCCACGCCGCCGGGAUCCGCCUCGUCGACCAGUGGAUCGACCACGACAAUGUCACAGCCACCGUCAUAGCCCACCUGCCGGGCCAGGACAGCGGCCGGGCACUCGUCCGGCUGCUGUAUGGCGAGGCCAACUUCUCGGGCAAGCUGCCGUACACGCUGGCGCGCAACGAGAGCGACUACCCCGUGUAUGCGCCGUGCGGGCGCCAAGACAACACGACGAGCCCCCAGUGCGACUAUGCCGAGGGUGUCUACCUCGACUACCGGGCCUUUGACGCCCAGAAUGUGACGCCGCGGUUCGAGUUUGGCUUCGGCCUGAGCUACACCUCCUUCAACUUCUCGUCGCUCGUCCUUACGCCAGACGUGAGCCUGCGCCGGUCAGCGAGCAACGGCACUGACCUCUGGGACACACUCAUCGUGGCCGAGGCCCGUGUCACCAAUGCUGGCACCGUGGCGGGCGCCGAGGUCGCGCAGUUGUACCUCGGCAUACCGAGAGGCCCGCCGAAGCAGCUGCGCGGUUUCGAAAAAGUCUCUCUGGGACCGGGCGAGUCGGCGACAGUCCGGUUCGCGCUGACGAGGCGGGACCUGAGUGCGUGGGACGUGGUGCGCCAGCAAUGGGUGGUGCAAGGGGGAGAAUAUCCUCUGUUUGUAGGGGCGAGCAGUCGGGACAUACGGUUGACGGGAUCGUUGGUGGUGGAUGGCUGA